AUGGUAACCUGUCAAAUCGUCUCCGUGGCCCUGCCUCGAGAUGGCCCAUUGGCUAAGACUGCCAUCAAAGAUAUCGUUCAAAUGUUUGCUACUAACAACUGGCAAAUCCCGGAUCCAGAAACACUGGUUGUGAAAAGAAAUGCUGGAGCAAACCAAAACUAUGUAAUAGAACGACCAAAGAUUGAAGGCGAUGCGGAUCUAGAACCUUGCAAAGUUCUCCUCAAACUCCACAGUGAACACGACAAAAUAAUCGACGUGUUCAAGGACUUAGUCCCCAACAAGCUCGAGGAGGCACAGCUAUGUCACGAUUAUGGUCAGUCAGGCCUCGGUGCUAAGGUUUACGGGUUCUUCCAGACAAAGGACGGCACGUUGGGAAGGGUCGACGAGUUUCUGGAUGCACGCAAUUUGGAGCCUGAAGAUGUGGAAGAUGCAAGCAUCCGAGCCGAUGUGGCCAGAGGUUAUGCCACUUUUCAUUCCACGAAGACUCAACUGGAGGAGAAACCAGUUCAGAUUUAUUACGAUGUCAUCACCAGGGGGGCUUAA